ACUUUGCAAAUACUUUGCACUUAAUCCAUUGAUUUGAUCAUGACACAAAACUGAUACUAAAGAAUCAUAAGCAUAUCUAUUUCAAUAUUAUAUCCAAUUGACAUAUAAAUUGCAUAUAUUUUUAUACGCAAUGCAAUAAGAUUUCAUGAAACUUUUUUAAGUUCCGAAAUAUCAUAUGCAUAUAUUCAUGAGUUUAUAAGAUACAGAAAAGGAUAAAAGUUGGAUGAAACCGUAAUAGAUACAAGAGAACAAAGCCUCAGAACCACGUAUAUAUUCGCUCGCUCUCGGCACAAGCGCCUCUCCAUAAGCAUCCAAUUACUGAACCGCAAGAACAUUAUCCAUCCCUAUCCUUCCUAAUCAUCCAUCUUGCCACUUCCUCCCUCCUCAUCUCCCUCAUCCCCAUCCUCAUCCCCGCAGAAUUCCCCUUGCGUCCCCUCCUUCCAUUUUAUCCAAGGCCCUUCCCACCCACCUCUUGCUACCUCCUCACGCCUACGCCCCUCGCCUACACCAUGGGCGCGUCGGCCACGAAAGCGGACGAGGGCGGCCAGACCUGCAAUAACAACACGGCCAAGGAGAAGGCGCCGAAACUCCGAGGCAAAGGCAAGGGCUCUGGCACCCUGCCCUCGAGCGCGACCUCCAGCCCGGCCACGCAUAAGAAGCAGGAGGCCGAGGAGUCCGAAGAAGGGAAGGAGAGAAACAAGGAUAAAGAAAGGACCAAGCAAGGGGAAGAGAACGCAGAGGGAGAAGAACAAGCUGAAGGUGACGACGAGGAAUUCCCGGCCCCGCCUGACCUCACCGAGAAACAGAAGACGAUCAUUAAGGAGUCGUGGAAGGCUUUGGAGGCGAACGUGGCGAGAGUUGGCGUCGUUCUCUUCAUCAAGCUGUUUGAGACGCAUCCCGAUGUUCAGGAAGUGUUCAUGCCGUUCAAAGGCGUCGACCUGGAAGAGAUCAAGCAUUCGAAGCAGCUACGAGCCCAUGCUCUGAGGGUCAUGGGUUUCGUCAACAAGGCUGUGGCUCGACUCGACCGGCCGGACAAACUCGUCCCUCUUGUGCAGGAGUGUGGGAAGAGCCAUUUCUACUACGGGGCCAACAUCAAAUACAUUGACUACGUGGGUCCCCAGUUCAUAAACUCCAUCCGGCCGUCGAUGGAAGAGGAAAACCAGUGGAGUCCCGAGCUGGAGGAAGCGUGGGUUCUGCUCUUCCAACACAUCGCAUACCUCAUGAAAAGCUCCAUGAAGAAAGAGAUGCACCAGUGAUCAUAGGCCUGCAUCACGAACACAAGCAUAGAUGGAUAAUAUCGUGCACUUUCAUGUUGUGAAGCUUAGACACGUGGCUUUGUAACCGACAUCACAUUCAGAGAAGUUAUAAAGGAAGACGAAUGAUUUCACAAAGCUAGCUUUGAUGCUACCUAUUCAUCGGAAUUACACGUAAGCACGCAGCUACAGAUUACAUGUAAUUCUACUAAAAAAAAAAAACAGCAAGCUUGAAAUAAUUGUUUCACAGUGUAUGCGUGAAUCAAGCGUACUUAACUAGCGAUAUGUGAUUGUGUGAUCAUUUUAACCAUCACCUAUUGAUAACAGGGUAUAGAUAAAAAAGGUAGGGUAAUUACAUAGCUCAUUUUACCAUGUAAAGAUAAUAUAUUUCUAGUCCGAUAGUGCUCAUUGACAAACCGACAGAGGUUUCUUCGAUCUGAAUAAAAGAUGCAGAAUGUGGAAAGAAGAGAUAAAAAAAAAAAUAUAACAUUUAAUAACGAUAACCAGUUAAUGAUCUACGCAAAUAAAUAAACGUCAUUUCUUCAUAAGGAUCGUGAUCUGAACUUUUAGAAUUUGGAUACCCGAAAGAACCACGACGUAAUGAAAGAGAAAGGGGAAAAGAAAAACAUGAAAACAUAAAAAGUGUUUUUUUUUUUUUUUUUUUUUCUCUAGGAAAUAUACAGUUUUAUUUUUUAACUGGUGAGUUCUUGUCGGAUCAAGAACUGCCUUUCCCAGAUUUAAUGGCUUCUCAUUCUCAUGACCUCUUAUUUUAGAGGAAUUUCUUGAAAACAUAUCGACUCGCCUUAAAGGGAAAGAAGGAGAGAGAAGAAAAAUAACGAGGGAAGGAAGAAAGUCUCCAAAUAGGCCAAAAUAUAGGGCGACCUUCAGUACCUUUCAAUUAUAAUGGGCCUUUUGGGGGAGAGCCGUCAGUCAGUGUUCGACAAACGAAAGGAGAGAAAAAGAGAGAGAAGGUGUUGGAGGAGGAGG